CUUCAUUUAUCUCACACCAAAGCACUCUCCAUAGCCAAACUCUCUCUCUCAAACUCUUUCAAUCUUUGUUUCAAUUUUGUUUCUGCAAAAUUAAUCCAUGGCGAAAGACUCAGAGCAUGGCUCAUACUCAGCCAAGGACUACACAGACCCACCUCCAGCUCCUUUCUUCGACUCAGUCGAGCUCACCAAGUGGUCUUUCUACAGAGCUUUAAUCGCCGAGUUCAUCGCCACUUUGCUCUUCCUCUACAUCACCGUUCUGACUGUCAUCGGCUAUAAGAGCCAGAUUGACCACGCUGACCCAUGCGGUGGCGUCGGCAUUCUCGGUAUCGCUUGGGCCUUCGGUGGCAUGAUCUUCGUUCUCGUUUACUGCACCGCCGGUAUCUCCGGGGGUCAUAUUAACCCGGCGGUGACGUUCGGGCUGUUUUUGGCACGGAAGGUGUCGCUGGUGAGGGCGGUGAUGUACAUGGUGGCUCAGUGUUUGGGAGCCAUUUGCGGAGUUGCGUUAGUGAAGGCUUUCCAGAGCUCGCACUACAAGAGAUAUGGCGGUGGAGCCAACGAGCUUGCUGAUGGCUACAGCACCCGCGUCGGUUUAGGGGCCGAGAUCAUCGGAACUUUUGUCUUGGUUUACACUGUUUUCUCUGCAACUGAUCCCAAGAGAAGUGCCCGAGACUCCCAUGUCCCUGUUUUGGCACCACUCCCAAUUGGCUUUGCCGUGUUCAUGGUUCAUUUGGCCACCAUUCCGAUCACCGGCACCGGCAUCAACCCUGCUAGGAGUCUUGGAGCAGCUGUUAUUUACAACGAGGACAAGGCUUGGGAUGAUCAAUGGAUCUUCUGGGUUGGACCCUUCAUUGGCGCAGCCAUCGCCGCCUUCUACCACCAGUUCAUCUUGAGAGCGGGAGCUGUCAAGGCUCUUAGUUCAUUCAGGAGCCAAACCCACGUCUGAGUAGUUUUAACUUAAAAGAUUGCCUUCUUCAUGUAUUCAUUGGAUCAAAAAAAGAUUGGAAGAAGAAGGCUCUAACGAGUGAAUAAUGAGGGAAGUGUUUGUGCUUUUGUAUGGUGGAAUUCCCUGUAUUUGUGUGCUCAAACCUGGGGGCUUGGGAUCAUGGUAUUGUAGAUAAAAAAAAGUCUCUCUUUAUUAUUAAUAGGGGCUUUUUUUUUUUUAACAUCCCUUUUGUACUUUUAAGCACCCCUGCCUUAGAAUUCACUUCAGUGUUGUCUUUUCUACUACUUUCUAUGUGAUUAUGCUUUAAGAAAAAGGUUUCACGAA